GGGACCGGCUGGUUACGCAGCGGCCGUGGGUCUCCACCCGAGAGUAUGGCGGCUGGGAUUGCACUGGAGAGCGGGGGAGAAACGGAGACAUGCCAGCGAUGGUGAAAAAGAAACAAAGAGACGCAAGUUCAUUAAUGAAGUGGCGAAAUAGUUUGAGUUUGUACUGUGUGUCCGCGGUGGCCUCCUGCUUGAACAUUUCCGCCUGCAGUUUAUUCUAGGGGCUAACCCAGCGUUUUUUCCAGUGUCCUCGAUGGAGCAAGUUUGUUUUUUUCUGAUGCAUAGAGAGGGGUGAGCUAAGAGCAGAUGAAAACCCGCACGGUCCACAUCAUCGGGACGCUAUAUUUUCUUCCUCCCUGUGCACGUUUUGGACAAUUGCAGUCCUCGGAUGCACGUAUAGCUGUCGGUGUCUGGCCUGCAUGGGGGAAUUUCUACAAUGAAAUCCAUCUUGGGGCACCGAGUCUUUGUGCUCUGCCAUAGCUGAGCAGCGGCGAGCAAGACUGUGUUAUUGACAACCCGUUCAAAAUGGGACACGAAUGGUGAAUGUGAUUCGUGCGGGAACGUUUUGAGUUCAUUUCAAUGACGCGCGGAGAUUGAUACCUUACGACUUGAUUUAAUCCACGAUGCGCGAGUAUAAAGUGGUGGUCCUGGGCAGCGGUGGGGUCGGGAAAUCCGCCCUCACUGUGCAGUUUGUCACCGGGACGUUCAUUGAGAAGUACGACCCAACCAUAGAGGAUUUUUACCGCAAGGAGAUCGAGGUGGACUCCUCACCCUCGGUGCUGGAGAUCCUUGACACCGCUGGUACCGAACAGUUCGCCUCCAUGCGGGACCUUUACAUCAAAAACGGUCAAGGAUUCAUACUGGUCUACAGCCUUGUCAACCAGCAAAGCUUCCAGGACAUAAAGCCGAUGAGGGAUCAGAUCAUAAGAGUGAAAAGGUACGAGAAGGUUCCUGUGAUCCUGGUGGGGAACAAGGUGGACCUGGAAAGCGAGAGGGAGGUAUCGUCCAGCGAAGGCCAGGCCCUGGCCGAGGAGUGGGGCUGCCCGUUCAUGGAGACAUCGGCCAAGAGCAAAACCAUGGUAGACGAACUGUUCGCUGAGAUAGUUCGGCAGAUGGACUACGCCGCCCAGCCAGACAAGGAUGACCCCUGCUGCUCUUCUUGCAAUAUACAAUAGCCCCGGGGGCCUCCAGGAAAAGGCCAGGCAAAAAGUCUACUUAGAGGAAGCUACCACGACUCGCAGCAGAAAGAUACACACUUGGACACACAUACACACACAUGCACACGCCAAUUAAACGGAAGAUAAAUUCAUGGUUGAACGCAAUGGAUGUUAACUCUACGGAGCAUAAAAUCUGCAAUGACAUGAUUAUUAAUAACGACAUGUGAGUAAUGAAUACACUUUGAAUGAGGAAUGCCAGAAAUUUGCCGCAAGAGAAAUUGACAAAUGACAAAAAGGAACAUGCCCUCGCCUUAUAUUACUCUCUUUUGUUGUUUGUUUUUAUCCUUUCAUCAGCAAAGAAUCACAGAUCAGGAUCUCUACUCUUUAGGUUGUUAAACAAUCUGGUAUAAAUGAGUAAAAAAAUAAGUUUUCUCCUGGUUUUGUCUGUUUCGCACAAAACACCAUGAUGCUUUUUUUUUCUUUGUUACCAUGACUCAGUUACAAGUAGCUACUAUACGCAAACCCAUUUGCAGAUUUCUGGGAUCCAGUUAUUUCAGACAUUGAGGAGUACAUGCUUUGUUUGUGCAGUGGUUGGUGGGAGGUUUUUCUACUCAUCACAGGGCUGAACCAAAGAGGUGACCUGAAAGCACCUCCAUUUUCUUACAUAUUAGUUUUUUUUUUUUUGUUUGUUUUUCAGCUGUUAAAAAAAGGAACGGAGAGAAAAUGGUGGAUAAGUCAGUGUUUUUCUUGAAACAUUUGGUGCAGUCAUCUCUUUCCUAUUUUCUCACUUUGAGAUAUAAUAGUAAACAUAGCAGAGUCACAUAUUGUGUGAUGUUUUGUUUUCCUCUCUGGGAUGACUCUGAUUGCUCAGUAGUGGUAUAACUAACUGCUCCAUCCUGAUGGGACACAGAAUUUAUCUUUUCAGUGUUCAAACAUCUCUACAGACGAUCACUCUAAACUCUUUUCAGGAAUGGGUGACAUUUGAAGUGAAGAUGCCAACAUUUGUCAUAUUUUCCGUUUUCUUUUUUCUCUCCUCUGGUAUCAAUAUGAAACGGGGUGCUCAAGAGUUUCAACGUCCUGAUCCCAUUCUUUCUGUGCUCAGAGUAUUCAAAUCCAUAGUAACAAAUAGUAACGACGACGGCGAUGAUAAUAAGAAUAAUAAAUGGUAGUGUAAAUAUUUUGUAUUGAAAGUGCCAGCUCCUAUGAAGACACUGACUCAACACAUGUGGAAUUGUCAACUGUAUGCAUGGCUAGUAAACAAAAAAAGGACUCUUAUUGUUUGAGAUUAAUAUAGGCUGUGGAAAUGUGCAAACCAAACACAUACACGUCUGGAUCUGGACAUUGUCUCAACUGUACAUCUAUGUUGCCACGGGAACCAGACUUUCCCCGUGUAACCAUUUUCAUUGUUGAUUUUAUAUUUUUUUAUGUGACCAUUUACUCUUUAUUCCCUCUCUGAAUGGUGACACUGUUACAUUUGACACCUAAACAAUAAAAGUGCGUUCAACACUCAA